UAUUGGUUGGGAAUCAGAAAUAUCUCUCAUUUUUUUCUUCGCCCUCGCGCCAAUCCCUCGAACACCAGUCAGAGAUACGUAUUCUUUCCCGAUUCGUUCCUCAUUUUUCCCUCGCAUCAGAGAUCGGAUUUUGCUUUUGUGAUUCAUUCCUGGCCAUCGUAAUUCGGUUCGAAAAUCAUGACCUUCUUCUGCCUUAUCCGUAGUUCCGCCAUGAAAGCUCCUUGCACCAGGAGGUUUCGUGAGCGCCUCUUAUUUUCGAGGUUCUCUACGAAUUUCAGACACGAUCUCGGACGAAACGCCUCGUCCUCUCCGACCCCAUUGGACAAAGCCCAGGGUUUGAUUUCGUCGCCCAUUUCGAAUCUCGAGCGACCGAGGGUUUUAUCGAUUUCUCGAAGUUGGGUUUCGGCGGCAGUGAGAAUCACCGGCGUGUCGGUAAGAGAAUUUUCCACUUCUGUAGAAACCCAUGUCGGUGACAAGAAUUUUGAGAGGAUUUACGUUCAAAACGGUAUAAGUUCGAAGCCUUUGGUCGUUGAACGAAUAGACAAAGACGAAGAGAUCGUAGGUGGGCAAGAAGAGUCUAGGGCAGAGAUCGACAACAAUGGCGAUAGUGCAAAGAAUUCAGUGAGUUCUGCAGGAUUUAGCUUAGAAAAUGUUGAAACUCUGCGUGGGAAGAAGAACACGAGAGAGGAGAGUGAUGCUGAGAAGGAAGCUUGGAGGCUAUUGGAAAACGCCGUCGUGAGGUAUUGUGGGUCUCCGGUGGGGACGGUGGCGGCAAAUGAUCCGGCAGAUAAGCAGCCAUUGAAUUACGAUCAGGUUUUUAUUAGGGACUUUGUUCCAUCGGCAUUGGCUUUCUUGCUUAAGGGAGAAAGAGAGAUUGUGAGGAACUUCCUCCUCCAUACAUUACAACUUCAGAGCUGGGAGAAAACUGUAGAUUGUUACAGUCCUGGUCAGGGCUUGAUGCCUGCAAGUUUUAAAGUCAGGACUGUGCCUAUUGACGAGAACAAUACAGAAGAUGUCCUCGAUCCGGAUUUUGGCGAAUCAGCUAUUGGUCGUGUUGCUCCUGUGGAUUCCGGUUUGUGGUGGAUCAUUCUCUUAAGAGCAUAUGGAAAACUAACGGGCGACUAUUCAUUACAAGAAAGGAUCGAUGUUCAGACGGGCAUAAAGCUUGUCAUGAAGUUGUGUUUGGCAGAUGGGUUCGAUAUGUUCCCUUCGCUUUUGGUCACCGAUGGUUCCUGUAUGAUAGACCGUAGAAUGGGUAUCCAUGGCCACCCCCUCGAGAUCCAAGCUUUAUUCUACUCAGCUCUCCGAUGCUCCCGUGAGAUGCUUUCGAUAAACGAAAGCUCCCAGGAUCUCACAAGGGCCAUAAACAAUAGAUUAAGUGCCUUAUCAUUUCACAUCAGAGAAUACUACUGGGUUGAUAUGAAGAAGAUCAACGAGAUAUACCGAUACAAGACAGAAGAGUAUUCAACCGAGGCUACAAACAAGUUCAACAUCUAUCCUGAUCAGAUUCCUCCAUGGCUAAUGGACUGGAUUCCCGAACAAGGCGGGUACCUCAUCGGCAAUCUUCAGCCCGCUCACAUGGACUUUAGAUUCUUCACUCUCGGGAAUCUCUGGUCUAUUAUCUCGUCCUUAGGUACACCAAAACAGAACGAAGCUAUACUGAACCUGAUCGAAGCUAAGUGGGAAGACAUCAUCGGGCAUAUGCCUCUGAAAAUAUGUUAUCCUGCUCUGGAAUACGAUGAGUGGCGUAUAAUCACAGGAAGUGACCCGAAAAACACGCCUUGGUCAUAUCACAACGGUGGAUCCUGGCCAACGCUUCUUUGGCAGUUCACAUUAGCGUGCAUGAAGAUGGGCAGACCGGAGUUAGCCGAGAAAGCUCUUUCUGUGGCCGAGAAGAGGCUUCCGGGAGAUCGAUGGCCCGAGUAUUAUGACACUAGAACCGGUAAAUUCAUCGGUAAGCAAUCCCGAUUACACCAGACAUGGACGAUUUCUGGGUUCUUGACGUCUAAACUCCUCCUGGAGAAUCCGGAGAUGGCCUCGUUGUUGUUCUGGGACGAAGAUUAUGAACUUCUGGAGAUCUGCGUGUGUGCUCUCAGCAAAACUGGCCGGAAAAAAUGCUCCCGAGUCGCCGCCAAGACUCAGAUUCUGGUCCGGUGAAGCGAAAACGGUCAAAGUUUUUAGCUUUUCCGACAGAAAUAUCGAUUCAGACAGAGCUUUUUCUGUACAGAUAUACAUUGCUUGUUCUAUAGAUUAAAGGAGUUGGAGAUUCACACAUUGUUUCGCGUUUCUGGUGUUUAGUCUUACUGAGAAUGUUGUUGUCUGAAAUAGAGCGUGUAUAUACACAGUAUGCAUACGUAUAAAGAUAUGUGUUUGCUUGUAAGGAUGAAACAGGUUCAUGUUAUUUAGCGUAUUA